AUGCGGGCAGUCAGUAGGCGCAAAAGCAGAUCGCUGUGUGUUGCUGCAGCGCUCCUCCACACGGACCUCCAAACGGGAACCAAAACAAGGACUGCGGGAUAUUUUUCUAAAUGUUUUUAACUCUUUUUAAGUGAGAAUGCUGGUUUAGCUGGAGUCACGCGCUUUUCAUUACGCACUAAAACACUGCUUUUUCCAGGAUUUUUUUGUUGUUGGAUAAUCUAUCCUCCAAACGCACGCGCGCCACUCUUGGACUAUAAACACGCGCCGCGGUUUCCAAGGUGACCAAGGCUAAACUUGUGUUUAAGGAUUUGUUUCAAACUGUGUCAACAUUUAAGCCUAACCAGAGGGACAUCCGCGCCAAGUGCCGCGGUGAUUCCCGGGAUGAUGGUGUCGCUCUUCGGGGCAGCCCUGGUCGUCCUGUCCGGGCUGUUGGCUCCACUCCUAGGGGUGCAAGCUUUCGGCGACGAGGUGGAGGAAAUGACCUGCGACCCUAUCCGCAUCAGCAUGUGCCAGGGUCUCGGAUACAACGUCACCAAGAUGCCCAACCUGGUCGGCAACGUGUUGCAAUCGGACGCGGAGCUGCAGCUGACAACAUUCACGCCGCUCAUACAGUACGGCUGCUCCAGUCAACUCAAGUUCUUUCUGUGCUCCGUCUAUGUACCGAUGUGCACAGACAAAGUUAACAUCCCCAUCGGUCCAUGUGGUAGCAUGUGUCUGUCGGUCAAGAGAAAAUGCCUCCCUGUUCUCCACGAGUUUGGCUUCAUAUGGCCUGAGGUGCUCAACUGCAGCCUCUUCCCACCUCAAAACGACCACAAUCACAUGUGUAUGGAGGGCCCUGGGGACGAGGACCCGCCCUACCAGCCUGUCCGUCAUCCUCCCCACCAGGAGGAGUGUCAGGCUCUGGGAUCCGCACCUGACCAGUACACCUGGUUAAAACAAACCGAAACCUGCACCCUUCAAUGUGGUUACGACAGCGGACUCUACCGACGGGGGGCCAAAGUCUUCACAGAUGCUUGGAUGGCGGUUUGGGCGGUGCUGUGCUUCCUGUCCACUACUCUGACUGUCCUGACCUUUCUGCUGGAUUCACAGCGUUUCUCGUACCCUGAGAGGCCCAUCAUCUUCCUGUCCAUGUGCUGCAAUCUGUACAGUGUAGCCUACCUGGUGCGGUUGACUCUGGGAAGGGAGCGUGUUUCCUGUGACCUAGAUGCCACAGCAGUACCUAUUCUAGUCCAAGAAGGGUUAAAGAGCACCGGCUGUGCCAUAGUUUUCCUCCUCCUCUAUUUCUUUGGCAUGGCUUCCUCACUGUGGUGGGUGAUCCUGACCCUCACCUGGUUCUUGGCUGCCGGUCUGAAGUGGGGCCAUGAGGCUAUUGAAAUGCACAGCUCAUACUUCCACAUAGCAGCCUGGGCCAUCCCGGCUGUAAAAACCAUCGUCAUCCUCAUAAUGAGACUAGUGGAUGCAGACGACCUGACGGGACUCUGUUAUGUUGGCAACCAGCAGCAGGAGGCACUCACAGGCUUUGUAGUGGCUCCACUGGCCACUUACCUGCUAAUAGGGACUCUCUUCAUCUGUGCCGGCCUUGUAGCUCUCUUCAAAAUCCGCUCUAAUCUGCAGAAAGACGGUGCCAAAACAGACAAGCUGGAGCGUUUAAUGGUGAAGAUCGGAGUGUUUUCGGUUCUCUACACCGUCCCAGCAUCCACUGUGAUUGGCUGUUACCUCUACCAGCUCUCUAACUGGGGGGAGUUCAGAGCUACCACCCGGGACCCUUACGUGGCGUCAGAGAUGCUCCGAAUCUUCAUGUCACUGCUUGUAGGCAUCACAUCCGGCAUGUGGAUUUGGUCAGCAAAAACCCUGCACACCUGGCAGCGCUGCUCUGCCCGCCUGCUUCGGGACAGCAGGGCGAGCAGAGGGGGCAAGAGGGCGCCGGGAGAGGGAUGGAUCAAACCAGGGAAGGGCAACGAGACAGUGGUGUGAGGAGUGUGAGAGAGAGAUCGGACAGGAAAAUAUUUCUACCUGUGUCUCUCGCCUACAGAAACUGAAUGUGCCAAAGGAAGGAUGGCAAGAGAAGAAAAAGAGUGACGAAGGAACACAGCAGUUUCUCUAAGAAGCUUCUGGAUGAAAGGACAUCAUAAAAGCUGGCUGCCUACCUCUCUCCAAGUGACUCUGUGCCUGUAACGGAGGUUAAGUGGGAGCAAAUGGGAGGUUGUGGUUGUACACAACAACAGUAGCCUCUCUACCUCUGGUAGACCUUCUCUGAUCAGAGAAACAAAGAAAGCAAAAAAAUGAAGGAGAAAGAGAGAUGGGAAAGGCAGAAGAGAAGCAUCAGUAUGCAGUCCAGGCUUUCUGAAUAAGCUGUGUAGCACCAUGUCUACCUCUCUCUUAUCCCCGCACGCCUCAGCAGAAGAGACUGAACCUGCUGGAGACAGUCAACUUUACACCAUUGUGUCUUUAUUGGGUCUUUUUUUGAAGUUUUGAGUUUUACACUGGAGGGUCGUUACGCAUAUGAAGGUUUCCCAAAAGCAUCUGACAACUUCAGAACCUGUGGGGUACAGGACAGAAAGAAAAAAAACAGCUUAAAAGGCUACCAGACCAAAAAAAAAAAAUCCAAAUCUAAAGACAACAUAUCAAAUACAGCCUUGAAUCUGUGACAGUGUUUACUUUGAACAACAUUUUAUAGUUUUAUAAAUGAUUACCUUUUGUACAAUAUAAAUUAGCAGGUUAUUUAGAUGCUUAAAAGGUUUCGGGAAAGCAGCUCUAAGCUGUGAUAAUGCACUAUAAUCAUACACGAUAUGUGAAGUGCUAGUGACAAGUGCAUUAACAGGGACAGCAGUGUUGGGACUUAUAACAAUUCAUAACACAGUAAAUGAAUGUUCGGAGAGCCUUAAAUACAAAGACGAUGAUCAUUUUUUAAUCACACAUGCCACAGAAAACAGUACGUUUAGUGUCUAAUUGCUCAGUAAGUAAAAAUCCAUUCACAAGGACUUUUAUUUUGAAGGAAAGGGCAGGCUGACAAACACAAUGACAGAUUUGUUUUAUUAAUAUGUCUCAGAGUUAGGAAAAGUGUGUGAUAGCUAUAAAGUCAUACCCCUAUGAAUCCUGGGAGCCCCCCUAGCUGUGCCUUUUAAUGACCCUUAAUGUUUAAGUGGUGAGGCAUCUGGGAAAUGUAGGCCUGUGUGUUUUACCUCAGCAGUCUAUGAGAAGCUCAGCUAACUUCCAAUGAUGUGUGCAACCUUCUUGGAAACCCCGUACUGUAUAUGCUCUCCAGUUACCAUGAAAUCCAGGAAAUUGAAUUAUUCCCUCUGCCCUCUUUUCCAAAUAUUGAACCCGAGGCGGGUUCAAAAAUUAGAGGUUAUUAGACAAUCACUUGCCAAGAGACACAUUAUGCAUUAACAAAAGAGCCGUCACAGAGACAUGCACGUAAAUGCAGGUAUACGCUCAUAGGAGGGAGCAGUUCCCACGCAUCUCAUGCACCAGAAUCUAGACAGUAUGUGUAAGUUAUGAUCACUGUCAGGAGUGGAAGCAACACAAAGUAAAGACUAUGUUUUCCUUGUUUGUGUGAAGGGUCUGCAUACCUUUCAAACAGGUGUAAGCUCUGUCCGUGAGUCCAUCAGUGUGUCUGAUGUUCUGAUUGGCCCACUGCCUGCAUCUUUCCCUUUUAAACUACUACAUCAUGGCUCCUUUCUCAGACAAUCAAGUCGUCCUUUGAAAACAUUUCUGAAUUUCAUGGGUCAUAAAAAAUAGAUAUCUAUGCAUUAUGAACUUUGUUGAUUUUUAAACUUCUCCCACCAUUUCACUCUUGUAGAGCUUCUCUGCAAUCCGAUGUACAACACUUUUAACAACAAUAAUUCCUGGUUCUUUUUCAUCGGGUCUUCUUGCCGCAUUCACCAAAUCCUACAUCGUAUAUUUGCCUGACAAUCUUUCUCGCAGAACUCAAGCCCUUUCUCAGUGAAUGUUUUGAUGUACAAUACGUGGACCGUGUAUCACGUUACAGAAAUUUGUUUUUAGUGUGGUUAAAUGUAUGAGGUUCUUUUAGUUAUUUGGAGUUUGGCUCCCAUGUGAAACCAGAUAGUGCCUCACACACAGCCUGUGCAAGAUAUUGUUUUUAAAUAAAUGUCUAGGACGGGAGAGGAAAUAGUUUUUAAAAUGUGGGUUGCCUUUCUCCCCAACAUGUUUAAUGUAACAGCAGCCUUAUUGCAUUUAAAUCAUGCUUUGGUGUUUGCUGGGAAACCUAGAACCCUGAUACCCCAGUGUUUCUCAAACCAGCAUACCAUAGCCCACUUAUUACAUUUCUGCAGUCAAACAAACAUUACAUUGACUCAAAGUGAAUUCAAUUAACCUCUGACCACCUCCCCUCUGAGCUAAUGCAGUUUCCUCUCCUAAAUGUUCUAGUAUGUUGGCCCCUCUUCUCUCGUAUGACCACGCGGAGCUUCAGGUGACAUUUCCAAACAAUCACUGAACAGUUGAGGCUUGAAACAUGGUGAGCAUGUGCCACAGCCUAAUGAAGAUUGAGAACCACUGGUAAUACAGACGUUAUAAAUGCUUUAGAGAAGCCCAGAUAUGAAUCAAUGCUGCAUGUGCUGAUUGUCUGUCGCAUUUAAGGUUUAGACUGUUGCUCUGUGUUGAAGAAAAGACUCAUUGUGUUGAUGAUGUCAUCAUUGUAUUAUAAAGAAAUUGCUAAUUUAUCCUUGUAAAAAAAAGACAAAACAUUUUAAUACUUGUUUGUUAUUUAAAUACACUUUUGUAUCAGAAGAUGAUGAAUAAAAACUUUUUGGUUUCCAU